AUGUUAGAGAUGUAUGGCCAAGGAAUGGUUAACGAACGCACAGAACAACGUUGGCCCGGAAAGUUUCACUGUAGCGAAUUCGACCUUGAUGAUGAGAAAGAUCGCGGAUGUUCCUCUGCUAUUGACAACGGUGAAUUAAAGCGUCGUUUGAAAGCAAGCGCAUGCGAUACCAUUCGAGAAUCAGAAGAAGAACCAUUGUAA